GUAGGCGGGCUAGUGUGAGAAUGGGUUCUAGGGCACAAGCUACUCGACCAAUGGAUACGAGAUCCAAGCAAACCCUAUUCGGCGAGAAUCGUGCAUCUCUUUGUCGGCUACUUCAUGAACAAGAUCGCUGCAGAGAAGUUUUGGAGUUUAGGCAGAAUAAUAAUAAAAAUAGUAAUUAUAGUAAUAAAGAAGAACGAUGAAAAGAAGCAAGCAGAACAGCAGCGGUAGCAGUUUCGACAUAACCGAACUGGACGAGAACCUUAUUAAGUUGCUGGUCAAGCUGUCGCCGCCUUCAUCCUGUGUCCAGGAGCUGAUGGACGAUAACGAACAAGCCUUUGGUGGUUGUGAUACCACUUUGAAAACCCACGAAAGAGUGGCCACAGCCAUUCUCGACCCGGACAACGAUGACGGUGAUGUGGACGAAUUUUCAAGUCGAUCGUUACACAGCUAUGUCAAGAGUCAUAUAAAUGACUACACCAGACCAGCUUACCAGGAGGAUCCAGUUAUUGUAGCUGCAGCUGCAGCUGCUGCAGCAGUUAAAUUUCGUUCAAACUAUCUACCUCCUAUUGGAGUUUUUUGGGACAUUGAAAACUGCCAGGUUCCAAAAGGUCGUUCUGCUAUGGCAGUCACUCGAGUUAUUAGAGACAAAUUCUUUCAAGGUUAUAAAGAAGCUGAAUUCAUGGUUGUUUGUGAUGUACAGAAAGAAAAUAAGCAGAUCAUACAAGAGCUAAAUGAUGCUCAAGUUGAUCUAAUACAUGUGUCCUCUACCAGCAAGAAUGCUGCUGAUGAGAAGCUUAGACAAUCUAUAAGACGAUUUGCUGAUACGCAUGGUAGUCCAGCUGCAAUUGUCUUGAUAUCUGGAGAUAUUGAUUUUGCAGCUGACCUAAGUGAUUUGCGUCAUCGUAAAAAGAUUUAUGUUAUUUUAUUGCACAAAGAAAAUACUUCAGAAGCUUUAAUUUUAUGUUCUGAUGAGCAUUAUGAUUUUACCAAACUACUGGAGCCACUUCCAGCUAGGACGCCGUCCAAAAUGGCAGAGUCGUAUGACCUUUUAGUUUAUAAUCUUCCUGAAGACAAAGACGUAAUUGGUAUAAAACGCCGAUUAAAACAAUUAUCAAAUAAUUGCGGUGGACGAGUUGUCCAAAUUCGCUCAAACGUAGCUGUUUUACGUUUUUGCUCCAAAGAAUCAGCUGACAGAGCCCAGAAACGCAUGCAUGGCAAAUACAUCUACGAUUCCAAGAUUGUCGUAAAAUUUUUAAAGGAAAACAACACCAACUGCGCUUCAAAAUUACAAGACAAUAACAUUGUUCAAGAGACUACAGCCAGUGAUACAGAGGCCAACAACGAUAAUCCUAAUGAAAUGUUUGGAGUGGCAAGUUCAAUGUUAGGAGCAAGAAGUCUUCCAGGGACUCCUCAUUAUCCAACUACUUCUCCAGUUUCAGUCAAUUGUUCCAACUGGACUGGAAUGCAUUGUGGCCCUCAAGGACUGUUUCCACCACCACCACCAUUUGCUAGACCAUACAUGCCUGUGGAUACUUGCAAAUCUUAUUCUGGAUAUGGUAGAAGCCAAUCACCUCAAGUUUGGCAAAUGAUGAAUUCUCAGCAGCAAGGAAAUCGUUACAGAGAUGAACGCUGUAAACAGGCCCAAGAGUGCAGUAAUGCUGAGCCAGGCAUCUUCCGCUCUGGCAAAGGGCCAUCAGCAUAUAUGAGAGGAAAUUCUGUUUUUUCUCAACAGGCUGACUGGAAUGCAUCCAGAGCACCAUGGCCAGUACCAACAAAUCAUCGAGGAACAGUAUUCAAUCAAUCUCACAAGCGCAGAAGUCCAUCUCCCAUGUAUGCAGCUCAAAAUCAAGAUACCACACACUGGAAUGGACAAGUAAGAAGAAAUGACCGCACCCCAUCACCAUACGAUUCUGCUUCUAUGCCCAGUGGCAUUCAACGAAUUUCUCCGUAUCGGCACAGUGACGCUGAAAGUGAAGAAGUUGAAAAUUUCUUUAGUCCAAUCAACAAUCGAAAUAACUGUGGUUCAUCGAAUGGUGCAUACGUACCUAUCGAACUUCAGGUUUCAAAUUUGGAUCAAAAUAUCGAUCCAAAAGAUAUGAAGCGUAUUUUAUCGUCUAUAUUAAUGGAACACGUUAAAGUGUUGCAAGUUUCAGUUUUUGUACAAUCGGAUGGUAACUUGGUAGCAAAUGUAAAAGUGCCUUCGUUACCAGAAGCACAGUAUACAAUAUCACAGCUGCAUCGCCGUAAAAUAGGAUUCAAACGGAUAUUGAUAUCCUACCUGCAUAGUAGUGGUCCAAAUCCACAAAUUGUUCGAUCGCAAAUUGUGAUGUUGCUGCAGGAAGUUCCAGGGCAUAAACUGCCAUUAUUCAAAUUUCGUGAAAUGUACGAAAGCCGAUUUAUGAUGUCGAUCAGUAUUUCUGAGUUGUACAAAAUGAAGGACGUGUGCAUAAUUACUGAUGAUCCAAGUGGACGAUUAGUUUCCCUCAACCCUGAUCAUCGAAAUACACCGUCGCCAAGUUUAAACACUACCUUGGAUGCUCAAUCGUCAAUGGAAUUGCCUUAUUGUGUACUCCACGCCCAGAAGCCAUGGACAGAUAAAGGAUGGGCAGAGCAAGAAAUGGCUCCUUUGCCAAACGUCAGUAUAUCGUUGAAGCUGCUCUCUGAAAGAGUGCACAAGCUUUUAAUUACGCAUUCUGGCUGUUUACCAUUGCCAACUUUUCCGAGUUGCUAUGAAGCCGAAUUUAAUGAAUCAAUUCAAGUCGACGAAAACGGCGUGCCACUCGAACACUUGAUGUCUUGUAUAUCAACAGUGGAAUUGAAACAAGGCCUAGGAAGCGUGAAGCAUAUAGUUUGGUCAACCAACAAAAACAACGACGAAAGUAACGAAGAAAAUAAUUCGCCGCUAGCCAAUCAAUUGGCUUUAUUCAGUCGAGAAUCAGUUGACCUCCUGAAAACGGCUCCGCAUUGCCAAUUGCCGUUCAAUCGUUUCAUCCCAGCGUAUCAUCGUCACUUCGGAAGACAAUGCCGAGUUGCUGAUUAUGGGUUUACAAAAUUGAUCGAGUUACUCGAGGCUUUAACCCACUCCGUGCAGGUUAUGGGAGAGGGAAAUAAACGCGUAGUCACUUUGUCUCAUCGUGCUCAAGUUCGUCGUUUCACCUCGGACCUACUUCGCAUUUUGAAAUCUCAAGCCAGCAAGCAAGUGACUUUUUCGGAAUUCCCUAAAGUGUACACCAGAGUGUUUGGGAAACCGUGGGAUGUCACGGACUAUGGAGUCUGCGAAAUUGAUGACAUCCUUAAAGGAGUUUCGGAAACCAUCGUCGUGGUAACCAGUUGUAAAGAUGGUAACGAUCGUAUGAUUUCUAUUCCCAAACGUGAACGAACACCGGAAGAAAUUGAAAGAACUAUGCAAUUCGCUACAGAGGUGGUCGAGCUUUUAAAACACGUUCCACAACAAAAAAUGCUAUUUACCAAGUUCGUCCCAUCUUAUCACCACCACUUUGGUCAUCAAUGUCGAGUUUCCGAUUACGGAUUUUCCAAACUUAUCGAGCUAUUCGAAGCAAUACCAGAAGUUGUCAAAGUCGAAGAAGAAAAUGGUGGAGAGAGAGUCAUUUCGUUAACAAAAAAAGAAGGACUUCAAGUCUUGGGAGAACAAUUGAAUACAUUGAUUUCACGUUAUGGCAAUUCAUCAACUGGACAGCUUAACGUAUCGAAUAUAGCUCAAACGUUCCUCCAAGAAUAUGGAUAUGCCUUACGUCCGGAACAUUUCAACUGCAACUCGAUGUUGGAACUUAUGGAAAAAUUUGAAGGCACAGUCAAGAUUGUGAAUACGAAAAGUGGUGUUGCUAUUGAGUCCAUUGACAAAGACCAUAUUCAGCAAUUAGGUCUAGAAUGUCGAAGAGUACUCAUGAGCGCUCCUGAUUUCAGUCUAACAGUCAAUGACUUUAAACAAAGUUAUCAAAAAAUAUUUAAUAAAACUUGCACCAUUGAAACAUACGUGCACAGUCUAAGCGCUUUUAUACGUAUUUUUUCACUAAAUGAACAGUGUUUCAUUGAAUUAACUCCGUUGCAAAAAUUUGCUUGCAAUGUUCAACGUGUACUUAUGCAGUCUAAUGGCAAAAUGAAUAUCUCGCAAUUUGAGGGAGCUUAUUUAAAAAUCACUGGAGUUGCUUGCAGAGCUGCUAUGUACGGUUAUCCUACGGUAUAUGCUCUUCUACGCGCAAUCCCGUGUACAGUCAUUGUUAAAGAUAUGCGUUACAAGAGAAAAAUAGUUCAGUUGAACAAGAAACUCAUAACAGCUGGAUUAUUACCAACUACAUUCACAAUGUCUCCUUCACCGGUUCAAGAUACAGACUCGAGUAAUGAAUCUAUCGAAAAUGAUUCAUUUCUAAGCAAGUCCAGUUUAUCUUCAAGUGUGAAUGAGAAAGCAGAAUUGAACAAUUCGCAUCAAAUGUCUUCAAGUAAGGAUUCAGGCACCUGGGAAAACAAAUCGAAUCAUUGGACUCCUAAUAAUUCUGCCGAUGCACAAAAGUGGCCAGAAGCAGAAAACAAAAGUACCGAGUUAAAUAAUGUGGACAAAACAUCAAACACGUUUCCGCCACCUCCAUUAAAACCGGAUUCACCAGACUCUGUAGCUCCUUCUAGUCGUACUUCUAUCUGGGACACUCCGCCUCAAUUUUACAGCAAACAAAGGUCUAAUUACGUUAAAGUGGAGUUACCACCUAUGAGUCUGUCGCCAUUGAAGAAAUACGGCCAUGAGCUUGUUGGUGUAGUGUCGCCUUCGUAUCUCAAAUAUUCCUAUUACAAUCCUUUGAUUUGCUGGAAGACGCCUAUUUUCGUUAAGGAUUCCAAUUCAUCGUCUGUAGUUGCUCCGCAUCCUUCUGAAUUACCAUUACCCUCGAUGUCCUUUACACCGAAGAAGAGCGCCACUAGACAAAGCUCUCCAGUUAAUAAUACUAUGCUAUCCUCGCCUGUUUCCUCAAAGAAAGGCCAACUUAAUGUGAAUGAUAACUCGAACAGAAUCAAUGAUACUACACCUAGUAAACGAUUGUAUUUUGGAAAGUGUCGCCUAGCUGCCCAGUUCAAUCAGCCGUCGUUUGAUUCAUAAAAUAUCAACACAUAUGGGUAGACUAAUCACUUUCAUGCGUUCAUAUAAAAAUAUCAAAUGCAAAUACUGUUAAGAAAGUAAGUUAGAUUUUAUUUUUCUAAGUAUUCGAAAACCAAUCGUUGGAAUAGUCUAACUAUAGAUACUUAGAUUGAAUUUUAAUUGUCAACUUCUGUUAACCAUCCAUGAUAUUUCGUCUAGACUGUUGUUCUUGCGGUUACCUUGAGCGAUAUUGAGAUUGAAAAUAGUUCAAAUGAGUUAAUAAAGUCUUAUUUAUUGAAGAUCCAAUUUACGGAUCAAGCAGCAUUUCCUCGUCUGUGAUAAACGAUUUUGUACCGAUUGAUUCAUGUAUAAAUUUAAAUAGGCUUCUUAAGUCGAAUGCGUGUUUGUUUUUGAAUCGAUUUUAGUUGCAAACUUAUUUUUGUAAAGAUAUUUUUUUAUUACUUUACUACGAGAGAAUGCAAUUUUUUAGUGACUGUAUGAAGGUAACGUUUUAAUACAAUAAUAUAACCAAUUACAAAACGAUGUAUGAUUGAGCUAAGUUUCUCAAAAAAGUAUUUAAAUAAUUAUGAAAACAAACUUAUAUUGAAGUGAUAAUUUUUAAUACUAAAUAACUAUGCGAAUGUGGAAAUAAACACAGACAAUUUUAAUUUGCAAAUAAGUAUUUUUUAAAAUUUGUUUUCAUCAGUUGUCCAAAACGGUGAAACGUCCAGAGCGAUUGAACGUUUCCUUUGAUUAACAAGAUUCAUAGUAUUUUUUCUUUUGCGAAAAAGGAGCAAUUAUGGGAUUGAUGAGAAUGAAAACAUGUGUAUUAAGAAUGUGAGAUUAUGUGGUCAUUGUUAUUG